AUGGAUCCCCUCGCAUACCUGGUAACAGGCCAGAUCCUGCGGAUCGCAUGCUACGCCGCCGCCCUCGUGUGUAUCUCAGUCUUCCUCAACGUUCUGAAUCAACUCUUCUUCCACCGUGCGAAUGAACCCCCCGUUGUGUGGCACUGGAUUCCUUUUCUUGGGAGUACCGUUAGCUACGGCAUGGAUCCGUAUCGGUUUUUCUUUGCUUGUCGGGAGAAGUAUGGCGAUAUCUUCACUUUCAUCCUGCUGGGUAGGAAGGUCACUGUAUACCUUGGUAUUGAAGGAAAUGAGUUUAUUCUCAAUGGGAAACUGAAAGAUGUCAAUGCCGAGGAAGUCUAUGGCAAGUUGACCACCCCCGUGUUUGGGUCGGAUGUGGUAUAUGAUUGUCCGAAUUCGAAGCUGAUGGAGCAAAAAAAGUUCGUCAAAUUCGGCCUCGGCCAAACAGCCCUAGAAUCCUACGUCCCCCUAAUCGAAGAAGAGGUGGAACAAUACAUCAAGACAUCCGGCCGGUUCAAAGGGUCCAGCGGAACCAUCGACCUAAGCACAGCCAUGGCCGAGCUCACAAUCUUCACAGCCGGCCGCACCCUGCAAGGCGACGAGGUGCGCGCAAAGCUCACCUCAUCCUUCGCAGACCUGUACCACGACCUCGACUUGGGCUUCUCGCCCAUUAAUUUCAUGCUGCCCUGGGCGCCGCUGCCUCAUAACCGCAAGCGGGAUGCUGCGCAUGCGAAGAUGAGGGCUAUCUACCUGGAUAUUAUCCAGUCUCGACGCAGGAACCACCAACAGUCUCAGUCUCCCACUCAAUCCAACGACAUGAUCUCCAACCUCAUGAACUGUGUAUACCGCUCUGGCACACCGAUCCCGGACAAAGAAAUCGCGCACAUGAUGAUCACGCUGUUAAUGGCAGGCCAGCACUCCUCGUCCGCAAUCAGCUGCUGGAUCAUGCUCCGACUGGCCUCGCAGCCCGCCGUGGCCGAAGAGCUAUAUCUAGAACAGAAACAGCAGCUCGGUGCUACCUUGCCGCCACUGGAAUACAAGGAUCUCGACAAGCUGCCCAGGCACAAAAACGUGAUCAAAGAGACGCUACGCAUCCACUCGUCAAUCCACACGCUCAUGCGCAAAGUCAAGAACCCGCUUCCCGUGCCGGGGACAGAGCUUGUUGUCCCAGUGACGCAUACCCUUCUCUCGUCGCCGGGGUUCACAGCGCGUGAUGAGCAGUAUUUUCCCAGUCCGAUGAAGUGGGAUCCGCGUAGGUGGGAAAAGGAGGAGGGGGAGCAGAAUGAGGGAGACAAUGUUGACAACGAGGAUACGGUCGACUAUGGCUACGGCGCCGUGUCGAAAGGGACUCGCAGUCCGUACCUCCCGUUCGGGGCGGGCCGACACCGCUGCAUUGGAGAGAAGUUUGCGUACUUGAAUCUGGAGGUUAUCGUGGCGACGCUGGUGCGACAUUUCCGAUUUUAUAAUGUGGACGGGAGAGUUGGGGUGCCGGAGACGGAUUACUCGUCUCUCUUUUCUCGGCCUAUGCAGCCUGCUACGGUGCGCUGGGAGCGUCGUGCUUAA